AAUGUUUACAGUUACCAAAUGAAACUUAAAUUCGAAGAAUGUGACGGUAAACUGGACAAACUGCGGUUAAAUUAAAAUAUGGGGACUUCAAAAGUACAACCAUUCUAAAUUUUUAAGAUGUAAUGGAAAGUAAAAAAAGCAGCGGUAAUUUAACUAAUAUGCUUCGUUUAUGAUAAAUAAGUUACUUCGGACAAAAGAAUGCCAGUGUUGUUAACCUUGUUUAUAAUUAUGCACAGUGUAACGUCAAUCGAAACCUUUAUCACAACUAUAAUAAAAAAAGAAGUGAUUAAAUGACGUAAUAUCAAACAUGCAAAACAUGUUUUAUCCAAUCAGUACAAAAUUUAUAGAAUGCGACUCUGAAAAGUUCUUUAUUAGUAAUCGACCGUCUCUAAAACUUCAUAAGGUAAACUAUGCCAAAAGACACAGAAUUAUUUUAUGUCCAAAGCGACGCUCUGAAUACAAUUGUGAAAGUGUUCAACAAAACUGAAGAAUCGUUGGCCGAAGAUGUUCUGACCUUAAAAAACUGGAUGAAAGAUCAGCAUCACCUUCCCGAAAUUUUAGAUGAUAAAAGUGUGCAAAAUUUUCUAAUCUUAAAUAAAUGUAAUGUAGAAAAAACAAAAGAGAAUAUAGACAUGUACUACACUUUAAGAAGUGAGGUACUUGACUUCUCCACAAACGCGAAUCCUCGUUGUUCAAACAUGAAAGAAGUGGAAAAGCUAAUGUACCAUGUAGCCCUCCCAAAAAUGACCAAGGAUAUGUACAGAGUAGUCCUGGAGAAAUACCGAACUAAAGACAAAGUAGAGCAAAUUAAUCCCUACGAUGUACUUAAAAUGGCGUUUAACUUGCAUGAAAUUAGAUUGAAAGAAGAUAUCAUGUACGGGGAUGUGCUCAUUUUCGACUUAGAAGGAACAUCAGUACGUUUCUUGUCAAAAUUGACACCAGUUUUGCUUCUGACUGUCGUAACUUUAUAUAAAAAAAUAUAUUCUCUUCCAGUGAAGGGUUUGUACAUAAUUAAUACUGUCCCUUACGUCAGCACAUUACUAGCUAUCGUUAAGACUCUCGUCAAACCUAAAUUAUUCGAAAGGAUUCAUGUGUGUAAAGACACAAGUAUUUUAAAGGAGCACUUUCCUUUAGAGAUGUUACCUAAGGAUUACGGUGGUACCGAAAAAUCAAUCGAGGAAUUGCAUGAAUUGUGCCACCUUAAGUAUCAAGAAUAUCAAGACCGCUUCGAUCUGCUGGAUAAAUUGAGAGUGGAUGAGAGUUUAAGGUCUGCCAGACUUGCAAAUGAAAACGACGAACUUUUGGGAUAUCAUGGUAAUUUUAGAAAGUUAAACGUUGACUAACACUUACUUUGCUCUUUAUCGAAAUAUUGUUUUCCAAGCUUAGUAUUAAGUACCUAUAUAUAAUAAUAUU